CGUAAGAUGGCGACGGAGGCGGCGGGCGCCCUGGGCCUGCUGUGGGGCUGGCUGUGGAGCGAGCGCUUCUGGCUGCCCCGGAACGUGAGCUGGGCGGACCUCGAGGGCCCGGGCGACGGCGCCGGCUACCCGCGGGCCCGGCACAUCCUCUCGGUGUUCCCGCUGGCGGCGGGCGUGUUCUCCGUUAGGCUGCUCUUCGAGCGGUUUAUUGCCAAACCCUGUGCACUCCAUGUUGGCAUCCAGGAUGUUCGUCUACAUCAGGCUCAACCCAAUGCCAUCCUUGAAAAGGUGUUCCUAUCUAUCACCAAGGAUCCUGAUGAGAAAAGGCUAGUGGGCCUGUCAAAGCAACUGGACUGGGAUGUCCGAAAAAUCCAACACUGGUUUCGCCAUCGGAGGAAUCAGGACAAGCCCCCAACGCUCACUAAAUUCUGUGAAAGCAUGUGGAGGUUCACUUUUUAUUUAUGUAUAUUCUGCUAUGGAAUUCGAUUUCUCUGGACGUCACCUUGGUUCUGGGACACGCGACAGUGCUGGCACAGUUACCCCUAUCAGCCUCUCACAAGUGGGCUUUAUUACUACUACAUCAUGGAAUUGGCCUUCUAUUGGUCUCUUAUGUUUUCUCAGUUUACAGACAUUAAAAGAAAGGACUUCCUGAUCAUGUUUGUGCAUCACUUGGCCACCAUCGGGCUCAUUUCCUUCUCCUAUAUCAACAACAUGGUUCGGGUGGGCACUCUGGUCAUGUGUCUACAUGACGUCUCAGACUUUUUGCUGGAGGCAGCUAAGCUGGCCAAUUAUGCCAAGUAUCAGCGUCUCUGUGACACCCUUUUUGUGGUUUUCAGCGCUGUUUUUGUGGUCACUCGUCUGGGAAUCUAUCCAUUCUGGAUUCUGAACACGACCCUCUUUGAGAGUUGGGAGAUGAUUGGACCUUAUCCCUCUUGGUGGCUCUUCAAUGGCCUUCUCCUGAUCCUACAGGUUCUGCAUGUCAUCUGGUCCUAUCUGAUCGCCCGAAUUGCUUUUAAAGCCUUGAUCCGGGGAAAGGUAUCUAAAGAUGAUCGCAGUGAUGUUGAGAGCAGCUCGGAGGAAGAAGAUGUGACCACCAACACAAAAAGCCCCUGUGGGCGCAGCUCCACUAACGGUGCCAAGCUGGUGAAUGGUCACAUGGGAGGCAGCUAUUGGGCUGAAGAGUAAAGUGGUGGAUGUGGGGACUUCAGCUCACAAGGACUCGUAGGGCCACAGGCCACCUAUUCCUCUUGGGCCUCCCCUCAUCUACACUCCUGUGACUAAGGGGUCUGCAAGGCAUUAAGGAGAAUCGAAGAAACAAAUGUUUUCACUUUUUAAAAAAAAAAAAAAAAAACCUCUGCCAUUUUGUAUUUAAUAGCCUCCAGGUUCUCUCAGUAAUGUUAUUUGCUGUGUGUAUAUUUGUGUGCGAGUGUGUGUGUGCAUGCGCGCGUGUGGGUGGGGGGCAUGCGCGCAUGCAUUUGUGCAUAUGCUUGAGUUCCAUUGCCUCGGUUGGGGCACAGUCUGGACUGGGGUUUCUAGGCCUUGCCUGGUCCCUCUUUGAACCCACCCUAAUUCCAGAUUUGCUGCAUCUCGAUUUAGGCCGGCUCCUGACUGUCCCCUUUUGCAGCCCAUGGCUCUUGAGGCUCUCGCCAUCUGGAUGGCGCAACCGGGUUUAGUUCCAGCUAUUCUGGCUGUUCCUCUUUUGGAGUUGGAAUAUUUCAUUGAAGUGGUAUAGAAACAGAUAAGAAUGGACGGACGGUUAGAUUCUAUGGCCCCUAGCUAGAUAACCUUCCUACCACCUGGUAGCGACACGGACAGCUGCUGAUACCCUGCUCUUUACUCAAUGGUACGCAGGGAGAGGGGGGUGGGAGAGGGUGCGCUGAGGGCUGGAGGACAACAGCCACUGGGUGAGCUGUUGACGGUUUAUAUUAUUGUUUACUCUUCUCUGAUUAAAAGUGCUUCAACCCUCUGCUGUCUCAGCUUCUU